CCAUGGCCCGACGCGAGGAUCCGCGCAAGUAUGAGGCGCCCGACAGCGUGACCGAGAUCCCGAUCAUGGACUUUCGCGACUCGGACGACGUCGGCGGCGAGCCGCGGCGCCGCUUCAACCCACGCAUCCUCAUGGCGAUCGCGGGCGUCUGCGUGAUAGCCGCCGCCGGUGUCGCUGUUGCCGUUGUCAUGUCGACCAAAGGCUCGUCGUCGCUAAGCGGCUCAGCGAACGGCAAGUCGGGGCAGACGACUGGCAGCGGCAGCGACAUGUCGGGAAGCAGUACCGGCGGCGGCGGCAACUCGACCGAUAGCGGUGCGCUCAACGUGCCCCAGUCCGACCCCGAGACCGACCCGAUUCUGGCCACGAUGUUGUCGAUCGGCGACUGGGGCUCAACCACCGGCAAAAAGGCGGACGGCAGCAAGCCCGGGUCGUGCUGCAUCGUCUACUUGACCGCCGACUCGAACUGGGGCAAGGUUGACAUCUCCAAGCCUCGGUACAAGGUCGACUACUACGCGCAGGCCAACGUGGCGACGCUCAUGGCGCAGUCGGCGGCGUCGCUCAAGCCCAAGCCGUCGCGCAUUCUCAGCAACGGCGACAACAUCUACUGGAAUGGCGUCGGGAAGGACGAUGCAGCGUACCGCUUCCAGACGACGUUCGAAGAGAUGUACAACCAGCCCGAUCUGCAAGGCAUCACGUGGCUCAACGUCGCGGGCAACCACGACAUUGGCGGCGCCAGCUUCAUCUGCGGCGACGACGACGACAACUUUCGCAAGUGCACGAGCACGGAAGAGCUUCUGACGUACCUCGACUCCAAGUUUGGUCUCCAGCAGACGUACAAGAGCCCGAACCAGGACCGUUGGAAGCUCACGGACCACUACUACAUUGACCGCGUGACCAAGAACGGCAUCACGAUCGACGUGCUCAACCUCGACACGAACCACGCCGACGCCCACGGCGCGCCCGAGACGUGCUGCCAGUGCUACGGCUACUCGAGCAACACGGGCCAGCCCGCGGGCUUUGAUCCGUGCAAGACGGUGGCGCGCGGUGACAAGUUUUGCUGCGGUGGCGACACCGACAUGUACGACAAAUGCAUCGCCAAGAUCGAAUCGUGGGCCAAAAUGAGCUACGACGGCGCGGUGAAAGACUUGUCGGCGACGACGGCUGAUUUCAAGGUCGUCAACACACACUACUCGCCGCACUACCACAUGAACCCGACGCGCAUGAAGUUGUGGCACGACCUCACAAAGAAGUACAAGAUCCACGCGUGGAUCAACGGCCAUACGCACGGCUUCAACCACGACAUUGCGCCGUGGAACACGCACUUUUUCGUCAACGGCGCGGGCGGCGGCAUCUCGUCGCAGUCGGCCAUGACGGCCACGACCGCCUACGGCGUCACCACGAAAUGGGCUGCUGCCGGCCAGCCGUAUGGCUUUAUGGAGCUGAGUUUUUCCAAGCAGUGGAUGAAGGUGCAGUUUGUGACCUUUGACAACAAGUGGGUCUUUGGCGGCUUUGACCCGAGCGCGACGACGGUCGGCGGUCUCGCGCGCGGCCACUGCUGGUACAUCCACAAGUCGGGCUUGAUUCCCGGCGUCGAGUGCAAGUCGUCCGUCAACGGCGCGCUCGGAUCCCCGUAAAGAGGCGCGUAUUUAUUGCCACAACACGAC